GGCCGGACUGUCACAGACAGGGGCGAGGAAAACGCGGCUAGCUAGAAGCCGUGUCUGUCUUCUUAUCCCUGAGCCGCUGCCCAGCCACUCCGCUUUGGAUGCUGAUAACGUCGGAUAACUGUGUAAUUCUCAAAUAUCCGAUAAUCCAUAAACUGACUCGUUAUUUGCUGGCGUUUAAGAACCGGGCCAGUGUGCUUUCAGCAUUAGCCUGCGUAGCUAAAUUAGCUUGCUAACACUUUGUUGAGUAAAAGCUAGUUAGCUUACCUAACGGUAGCUGAUUAAGCCAAACGAGUCAUGCGCUAUGGACGGACUGGAAAUAAAACCAUGAAGUAACAACUCAAGAGGAUCCGAGCCACAGUGGAUGUGAUUUUCAUUCAUUCAUCCAUACAGCAUUCCCAGUCAAAGUGACUCCAAUGGAAUCAGAGCCCGUUGCCCGCUCCCGCGAAGACAACCGAAACACUGAUCAAAGUCCUGUGUCACUGCGGAGCACAGGAAAAGAUUCCCCAGCGUCAACAGUUCAAACUCAAAAUCCCAACAAGGCCCGCUGGGGUAAAAGCCCAGAUGCGGAUGAAAAGGAAAGCUGCAAUGGGGACAGGUCUAAAAGUUGGAUCAAGGAUCCUGAUCCGGACCGAGAUCGGUUAUCAGAUGGUGAGAGACGGAGGAGCAAUGGGUCAUUCUAUUCAGAGAAUUAUGACAAUGAGUCCCCCUCAGAGCGCUCACUCUCACCUUACUCACGGUCCCGCACGCCGUCCCCCACUCCAAAAAGAGGGGUGCAUGCCAACAGGACCUCUAGUAGCCCUUUUUACAAGACAGGUGGGGUUGGGCGACGGGGGGGCACUCGCCUGUACCGUCUUGGUGGGGCAGCCCAGUCUCAGCAGCACCGUUGGGGGGUGCGCUCCCAGAGCAAGGAGUCCACGCCACCCAAAGACCUGGACCUGGUCACCAAGCGCAUGUUGUCAGCCCGCCUGCUGAAGAUCAACGAGCUACGCAACGCCCUCACUGAGCUGCAAAUGCGCACUGACGAACUGCAGAAGGAGAACCGCAUCCUUCGGCAGCUUCAGGUACGUCAGGAGAAGGCACUGCAGCGCUACGAUGACACUGAGAGUGAGAUAGCACAGCUGUUGUCACGUCACUCCAAUGAGACACAGGCCCUGCGCGAGCGGCUGCGGCGAGCUCAAGAAAGGGAGCGAGCGGCCGAGAGGCGGCUGAAGGACAGUGAGGAACGGUUGCAGAGGAGUAAGGCGGCUGUGACCCGGCUGAAGAAGCUUGCGGACCAGCAGGAGCUAGGACCUAGGGAGGAGCUGAGCCGCAGGCUGGAGGAAGAGAAGAUAUUGGCCCAGGAGAGAGAACGCAAGAUUAAGGAGUUGGAACGCAGCAUGGAACUGAGCAGCAGUAGUUUCCAGAGGCAGCUGGCUGCAGAGAGAAAGAAAACCAUCAGUGCACAGGGUGAGAUCAAGGCUCUGCAGGAGGAGCUGGCACGACUGGGCAAUAAACUCAAGGAGAAGGAGAGAGAGCUUGAUACCAUGAACAUCUAUGCCAACCGCAUGGUGAAACCACCACCCAGAAAAGACACAGACAAUGGGUCCAAGAGAAAGGCCCUCGGUAGCAAUAUUACCAAGGCAGUGCAGACUGAGGACAGGAUGUCCAGUCUGGACUUCCCCACUCCUCCACCCGCCAUCACCGACAGCAAUGAGGACAGCGAACAGGUGCAUAACGACUACCUGUCACUCAAGGAGAUGGAUGAAGUAGACAGAAGACAGAGAGAAACGAAGAAUACCGAUAACGAGGGGGACCAGCUGAGGACGCAAGAAAGGAAAAGAGAGAAGGAGAGGGAGAAGCAGCUGGAGAAAGAGAGACAGCAGCUUGACCAGGAAUGGAAUGCCCUCGAUGAGAAGGAAAGCAGACUCAGAGAUGGCUGGGAGAAUGAAAAGGGGCAAGAGGAGAGAAAGAGGCUGAGCCACACAUCUACCCAAAAAGAAGAAGGGAACAAGAAGAAGCAAGGCCAGGUUCAGGAAGAAGUUGAGAGGUGGAACCAGGAAGCUCUGCCCAAUAAGCAGGUGGCAGAGGCGGAACGAGGCAAGAAAGAGCAGCUGCUGGCAAAGCUGCGUGAGAUAGACCGCCAGAAUCAGGACCCUGUGUUUGCUGAGACUGACCUUUCGGAUCCCAGUCACGGCACUGCUGUCCGUUCACCUCCCCGCCUUUCUGAACUAGGGCGCCAGAACUCUUCCAUUUUCAGAUUCACUGAACCGAACGACACGGGGAGUUGGCAUGCAGGUGCGGAAAGUAGAGAAGGGGUGAGGAGAAGUGUGGGUGUAGAAGGCGGAGUGGCAACAACAGGUAUGGGGAGGAGAGGAGUGCGAGCUCAAGUCUCCGACGAUGACUUGGCAUUCGGAAGCUACGCGCCCUCUUUUGGACGCACAUCAGCCCGCAAUUCCUCUGGCGUCCCCAAAGAGGACAGAGAUUCAGCAUUAGAAGCGAUAGGAGUUUUCAGUCCGAGAGGUUUGGAGAAAGACAAAGAGAAGGAGAAAGACAGUGGGGUGGGAAAGGAAGGCAAGGACAGAAAGUCCAGUCUUAUGCAGCAGCUGUUUGGAACUUUGGGUACGCCCACUGCUAACAACACUGAUGACCCCUAUAAAAUGGAGAUCCUCAGAAGUCCGACCAACGGGGUACGCUCAAGAAGGGAGGGACUGUUCAAGUUCAACUCAGAAGCCUCCUCUCCAGCAACUCCUCCAGCCCCAAUUCUGGGCACCCUGCAUGUAGCUGAGAGCAGGCCUGCCAUUCGUGCCAUUGCCUCAUUUGAUGAUGACAUAGAGGAACUCACUUUAUGAUUUGCCUGGGGGUGGGGAUUAACUCUUGUUGGAUAGUAAAAGUAGUCAGCCUUUGACAGGCUGACGCACCUAUCGGUGACACCAUCAGGUGCCCGGAGGUGAUUUCUACAUGAAAGUAGGUGGAGAGGGAUGAUUGUUAUCCAGUCGCCUGGAAAUGUGUCAUGGACUGAUUGAAAUAAAUGACACUAAUUUUCUUUAUAAAGGGAACAGUAGCGUCACCCUUUUCUAUAUAACAUAUCUGAACAAUGUUUUCCUGUCUAGUAUAUAUUUAUACAGUUAGCAUUGGUGAUCGGUAGAUGGUUAAAGGCACUGCUUAAAAUGGGUCCGUCGAUGAUGUUCAAGUUGAAUCAAGUGCAGAAAAGUAAUGAAACAUGGUUGCCAUGUACUCAGGUAAAAUAGUGUGUGUGUUGACAUUAUAUAUAGAUAACACAUAGUGAAGAUACUAAAUUGCCACAAUGAACACAUGCUGUGUAACUGUUUUCAAAUCAUUCAGUUGAAUGUUUGUGCUUAACCAUCACUACAAAUGUAUUGUUGUUUUUUUUAUUAUAUAUAUUUAUGUAUUGCUGGCACUUACGUGAUAAAUCAGAUACAGGUUUGACAGAAAUUGACUCAUGUUUACAUGUGAUGAAAAUGCAUAAUGUGUAAUAUAAUUAAGACUGUCUGUAAGAUGGAUGCAAAGUGUUUGGCGGCUAUUUCAAGAUACAGGUUUUUUUUUUAAAAAAUAUUUCUAUUAUUCCCUCAAUGACUUGCCUUUUGGAAUAAAGGGAA